AUGCAACUGAAUACGGACACGUUCAGUCUUUCUCUAGACGGUCGGCAGUUUGAACUGCGAAAGUUUGAAACGAACCACGAGGAAGACAACUGGGUGCACACGAAACGCGGCGAUGCGGCAAGCGCCAAGCUGGUGCUCCGGACGGCAGCAAAGCACAUCAAUGUAUUUCUGAACGGUUUGGACAUUGGCCAGAUUGCGAAAUCCGACAGUGCUGGAUUGAAAAAGAUGAACGAGCUGGUCACAACGUGGAUCAAAGACAUUGGGCCCGUCGACAACCAGACCGCCCGCAUUGCUGAGCUCAUGGUUCAGAAGCAACAGUUGACGGUUCAGCGUUCGGUGAGUGUACAGGCGUUGACCUGGAAUGUCAAUGGACUGCUGGCCAAGGUUGAUCCGUCGACCUGGGAGGUUCUGAACCCGGGCAAAGAUGUUGUUAUUCUAGGCUUUCAGGAGACCGAUCAACUAAGUCGCAAUAUUACCUCAAACCCGCAGACUCUGCAAACAACCUUGAGUGGAAUUGCUGCUCAAUUGCCCGACCAUAAGCUUCUUGCUCAGGUGCAGUUGCUCGGAUUGAUGGCAAUCGUGUAUAUUAAGACCAGCCUGGUCCCCUACGUCACCCGUAUCCAGACCCUUUCGUCUGGUACUGGCUUUUUGGGAAUGUGGGGCAACAAAGGCGCCGUUCUGAUCCGUUUUGCUUUGUUCCAAGACAGCAUCAUGGGUGGAGGCACGGAGUUUUCCAUCGUAAACUGUCAUCUAAGUGCUGGAGAGGGCGCCUCUCAACUGGGACGCCGGCGGUGGGAGCUCAGAGAGAUUUCUCAAAGAUUCAACAUCCCUAUGCUGUCUUUGAACACUGCAGAGCAUGAGUUCGAUACUGCAGUACAGCAAUUCGCUGAUUAUGAGCUCGAAGAGGAAACUCCUUUGCGAUAUCGCAAUCAAACGGACAGACAGAUCGUAAAGGAAACAGAUGAACCGACAGAGCAUGAACAGACUGCUCAACACCAUACGGUUGAACCUGUAAAGCCCAAUGAAGUAUCUGCUCAAAAUGCUGCCGACAAAGAUAGUAACCACACCGAGAAACUGUCUGGCAAAGCAAGCAAGACUAGUAAAAAAGACAAGGGCAAAAGGAAGAGAAAGCAGAAAAUUGCAGACCAGCCACCAGAACCAGAACCAGAACUCGAGCCGGAACUCGAAACAGAACCAGUUCAGAAAGAAGAGCUUCCGCCUUUGGCUCAUACCGAGAGCCUGAACUCAGACAAAAAAGUCAGAUUCAGCGAUAUCCUCGAAUAUGACGGCGUUGACGAGGUUGAUCCUACAGCUGAUUACGACGUCCAAGACGAAGUCAGUAUUGUUCUUGGUGAUCUUAACUACAGAACGCUUCUCGACGCCGAACAAUCACGCGAUCUGAUCCGAAGUCGCCAAUACGACGCGGUUUUGGAACACGACUCUUUGAAGCAAGAAAUCAAAAAGGGGCACAUACUCAAAGACUUUUGUGAGGGCCCGAUCUCGUUCCCUCCCACCUUCAAAUAUGGCCGGGAUACAAACCAGUAUGUUGUACGAGUACCUUCAUACACCGAUCGAAUCUUGUACCGAUCAUCGAACAUGGUCGAAGUACAGAAAUAUCAAAGUUUUGACGUCCGCCUUUCUGACCACCGGCCGGUCACGGCUGAGCUCAAUGUGACUACCAGCAGUUUUGAUUUCGAAGAGCGAGGUAAAAUCCUUGACAAAGUUCUCCGGGCAGUUGACCACGCAGAAAACAUCUCCCAGCCUCGCUUGGAGGUAUCCACCCAAGUGAUUGAUGUAAAGGGUCCUGUACUCAGUACAGUAUCAGCAUGGGUUGUUUUGACCUCAAUGUCAAGUCGGGCUAUACGUUGGACAGUACACCAUGGAUCCAAGGUCCAAGUAACACCUUCUAGUGGGAUCCUGUUGCAUGAAUCAAACAAGCAACGAAUUCUUGUCAAGGCUGCACUACGCGUGGGCACCGGAUCCAUUUCUGACGUUUUGAUCAUAAAACCCAGUGGUGGCGCAGAUGUGUUUAUCAGCGUUGACUUUGCCGCUCUUCCUUCUUGCUUGGGCUCAAGCCUGGAGGAUAUGUGCUGCAUGCCUCAUGGCGCGCGCAAUGAACGCACUGUCGAACCAACCACCAAUCUACCAAAGCAGAUUUGGUCAUGUAUCAACUAUCUGUGGAUUCGGGUUGAUCCUGAAAUGCUCUCUGAACCUGGCGAGCCAGGGCUCAUCCAACAGGUGCUGGAGUGGCUCGAUACAGGGGUUGAGUUCGAUGAACAGGUGCUGGAUACAGCCAACAAAACCUCGUCGAACGCUGGAAUCCACGCUGUCGCAAGUGUCUUGAUUCUUCUAUUCCAGUAUCUCCCGGUCCCACCGAUCCCGCUCAACCAUAUCCCUUCCUCAGCGAGAGGAUUAUCUAUUCUAGAGCACGUGCCCUCUGUUUCCGCGAACGUCAUUAUCUAUUUAUUGGGAUUUAUACGUCACGCCUUUGACUUUGGGUUCAAACGCAGCACGGCGGCGGAGAUCCUCGAUCCUUUGCUAAUGGGGCCCGGGGAUGGUGACGUGCAGCGAAGAAAAGACAUUAUCGGGUCGUUAUUGAGCUAA